CCCCGGAUAAGGUGGUAAAAAUGGCCGAAUCGGGUUGGUGACGGUCGAUCAGUGAUGGAUGGCCACGAGAGCCUUUCUCGAUGGUGAACAAAAAUCACAUGAUUUGAUCGGCAUCGCAGGAGCUUCGAUGCUGCUUGCGGUCGGUCAUUCGAUCCAUGUCUCUGCCGUAGGAGCCAUGGCCACCAAAGCCCCGUCUAUUCUCUUGUCGAUCUCCCGUCUUCGCCACAGCUCCGGGACCCUCGAAUCCGGACCCGGUUGGAAGAGGAGAAGCCUCCUGCUCUCCGCCGCCGCCGCCUCCCUCCUCGAUUGUCGGAACUCGGUCGCCGCCGGCCCGUCCUUCGACCCCGUCACGGACCGCGAGAGGGAGGCGAGCGCCGUCGUCUCCCGCCGCGUCUCCGACGCCAUCCGCUUGCUCGACCUUGCCCGCGACCUCCAGGCCAAGGGAGCCAAAUGCCAUGUUCUGGUCCUUCGGAACAUCGGAGAUCAAUUUCCUGUGAUUAGAGAUUACAAGGACUUUGCUUUCGCAGACUAUGCUAGAGUAGGAAGGGCGUUGGUGCUGUAUGAGAUCGGGGACAGAGAUGAAGCCAUUGCUGAAAUGGAGGAUGUUUCGAUAUCCCUAAAGGGCUACCCAGAGAUACAUGCAGCUCUUGCUGCAGCAUUGUAUGUUGACAAGCAUGCUGCGCUGCUGGCCGAGAACCAGUUUGCAAUUGCUACUCUUCUGGAUCCUCACUAUACUGAUCUCUCGUAUGUCAGGGAGACCAAGCAUUGGCCUCCUAGCUUGGUUAGUUCACUACAACACUUCAUCACUCUUUCAUAAUGAAAGGAAGAUUUUAUAUCUUCGUCAGACCUGUCAGCUAGUUUCUAUUAUGCUUGGAUGUUGAACAGUUAUGCAUUGGGUCUUUGCAUGCUCUUAACAUGAGUAUUGUUGGUGUAAUAGAAGCAAAUUUUGUUUGCCAUUGAUAUAAGAUGUUUUCAAAUACAAGUAAUACAUACACUUGUUUCAUUA